UUGGGGAUUUAGCUCAGUGGUAGAGCGCUUGCCUAGCACGUGCAAGGCCCUGGGUUCGGUCCUCAGCUCUGAAAAAAAGACAAAAUAAAAUAACUUGUUUCUCUGUUUAGUCUUUUACAGCAGCUGCCCAAGCCAAAUGCUGUUCUCCUGAAAAAACUUUUUGAAGUGCUACACCACAUUGAGAGAUGCUCUUCAGAGAACCCAUGGCAUCUUACAACUUAUCAGUGUGUAUAGCACCAGCUAUUUUGUGGAUACCUAGUUCCUGCAACCCAACAUUAACAAAUGAGUUUUCUCAAACGAUUUGUCUUGUAGAAUUUAUCCUUGAUAACUACAGCAAAGUAUUUGGAGAAGACAAUGACUCAAUUGGGCAGGAGAGCGCAAUGAUUUGUAACAGUACUGAGACUCCUCCUGAUACCCAGAGUAAUUUCACUGAUUUUGAGGCUGCGCAUGCUGCCUUGGAUCUUGAGAACCGCAGUCCUAGCAAGAAUAUGGGACAUAGUGAAUAUGCCCCAAGAAAACUGACACAGUGGCCGGGACUCCAUCUUCUCCUGAGGAGGGAGGCCUCGUAGGUAAGAGAAGGUUUUGUACAGACGUGAAGUAAGAGGCAGGGAAAGAAGACACCUUUGAACUCAGAAACCCGCUA